AGGAAGUAUUUGGACUACAUAAAAGCACAGCUCAGCAGUUGACUGUGAAAUAGGCUAGCGUUCAUGAAAUUUGAUUCGGCUUAUAAUGCUGAACAUAUUCUAAUUCAUUUAAGGAAUUAAUAUGUACCUUAAUGUUUGAAAAUAUGAAACGGAGGCAACGAAAUCUUAAACAGCAACUUCUUGUUGAAUGAUGUUCACAACAACCAGGUUUUGAAGAACAUUCACAGUUAAACUGAUGUUUUACUCAACAGCAGUGGUUUGGAUUUAUGUGAAAUGAUGGAAAAGUGCUUGCAAUGUAUUAAGGGGACAGGCUUGCAAUGUAUUAAGGGGACAGGCUAGGUCGUGAUAGAGAUAACAAACUGUUUGUACUUUAUAACCUAACUACUACAGCUGUAUGGCCUAUCAACAUAGACAUCAGCCGCCAGUGACAUGUUGCACAGCAAUCAUAACCUACUAACACUAAAUGUAUUCAAACACAAAUUGGAUUCAUGAACAGUAGAUAAAAUAAAUAUCCAAAUCAUGUCACUAGCCGAACAGUCCCAAAAGUGGUUCCCAACUCAUGUUCAAGCCACUGUGCUCCAAGCAACUGAUCUUCAACCUAAGGGCAAGAAUGGUACCAAUGAUGCCUACACAAUCAUUCAGCUGGGGAAAGAGAAGUACUCAACAUCUGUGGCAGAGAAAACACUCAACCCUAUUUGGAGAGAAGAAGCCUCCUUUGAGCUACCAGGUCUGCUCUUGGAGGGAAACCCAGAGAUCUAUGAACUUUGUUUUAUAGUGAUGCAUCGCUCCUUGGUGGGGAUGGAUAAAUUCUUGGGUCAGAAAUCUAUCAAUCUUAAUGAAAUAUUUGAUAACAAGGAGCGAAGGAAAACAGACUGGUACUUCUUGGACUCCAGGCCAGGGAAGAAGAGGAAAGACAGGGGCCGGAUCCAGGUCAGCAUUCAGUUCAUGAGGAACAACAUGACAGCCAGCAUGUUUGACCUCUCCAUGAAGGACAAGCCGCGCUCACCCUUCUCAAAGCUCAAGGACAAGAUGAAGGGUCGGAAGCAUGACAGCGGUUUCUCCGACACCUCCUCAGCCAUCCUGCCUCGCUCUGCCUUAUGCGACUCGGAGCCUCAGCACCAUCCCGUUGCUCCGGAACAUCCCACCCAACCAGAGACCAAGGCCAAGAGACCCUUGCUUGCUGGCUCCCACAAGCUUUCUGCUGCCCACUCUAUGUCAGACCUUAUUGGUGCCCAUUUUCGUCCUAAGCUGGACUCCAUGAACUCCAUAGAGGAAAUUGGGAGUGUAGCUUCCCCUCACAGGCGGUCCCAAAGUGAGGUUCCGGGCUAUGAGGAUUGUGAGCAGCAUAGUGAUCCUUUCACUGACAUAGGUGACACCUUGCCUCAGAAAUACGCCACCCUCCCACGCAACCGCAACCCUUUUGAGGGAGAGCAGGGACAGUUAUGGGACCGCGCAGAGCGUAAGGAGAAGAAGGAGAAGGUCAGCCUGCUGGAACGUGUGACCGGAAAAAAGGAGGGCCGCAAGACCAGCGGAGGCCGUUCAGGAAGCUCUGGGGACCUGCGUUCGCCCAACCCGUUCAGCAGCGACACUCAAGGGGACACAAACCCCUUCAGCUCACACUUCAAAACAAGUGACAAAAAGCCCACCAGAAAUGAUGAAAUCACCUGUGGCCGAAAGCCAAAAGAGAACUACAGCAAGAAAAAAGAAACAAACCAGGAAAUGGUGGCAUCCUACAGCAGUCUUUCCUUUGAAGAGGUUGUGCAGGAGCUUGUCAAGCAGAAGGAAGUGGUAAAGAAGAAGGACGCCCAUAUUCGUGAGCUGGAAGACUACAUCGAUAACCUACUUGUGCGUGUCAUGGAGGAGACUCCGAGCAUCCUUCGAACACCCUAUGAGCCAAAAAGGAAAGCUGGUAAAAUCUCAAAAAAGUAGAUUAUGGAAGAGCAGGGUCAAAAGGUGUGUUUUGUUUCAGUGAUAUUCCUUCAAAGCAGUUUACGAUUGCGUUGUGGAUAUACUGUUGACCAAAUGGAAGGAAAUUGGAUUAACUAAUGCCAAAUUUGUGCUAUUAUUUUAGUUAUUUAUCUGUUACUAAAGCUGCUUUAAUGCAGUAUACAUUUGUAGAUUUUGUAUAUUUUCUUUUGAGUUUACACCAGUUUAUCAAACUAUUACUACUGGGUAAUAAUAUCCAGAUACAGUAUAACAUUUGACUCUAAGCGGUUGCAAUUCUCCGUGUUCCCCAAGCCUUUUUGAUAUGGUACUUUUACAUUUUUGGCAUUCUGCUCUUUUGGUCAUCAAAUUCAUCAAUUGAUCUCAGGUGAGACCAACAGGUUUCUGAGUCAUUACCUUGUUUACUCUUCAUUUCGUUAUAAGAUUAAGCUCUCAUGGUUUUGAAUGUGUGAGUGUUGCUGUGCAUUGCAUUCCUUUCCUCAAAUUCCUUUCAGUAUUGCAUAUACAGAUUAAUUUAAUAAUUUACCAUUUAAAUCUUAAAAGACAAUGUCAACAUCUAUCAAGCAUUGUGCAAUGACAGUGGGAGUUACAUGCAAAUAGCCCUACAGCCAAAGCAAAUAGGGCCACUCUGUGGUUUUCAGUCCAGAUGCUCUUAUAGUACUUGAAUGUAGCCAAAUGCAUGUUUACCACAUGCUCAUGGUAUUUGUUUGCUGGAAAGAAAGCAGUCAAGUGCUUGAUUGCUGCUGAGCUGGAAUGACUGUGUUUACACUUCAGCCCAAACUGCAAAAUUAGUACUAAAAUUCAGCCAGCCACUCAGAUGAUCCCCACAAUUCCAUAUGGCUUAUGCUGUAGUCAGUACAGCGUUGAUAUGCAGAAGGUGUGGAUGUGUUUUAGUGCUAUUUCCUCCCUCAGUCAUGAUAUCUAAAAAUGUUCAAAGAUAGUUGUAGAAGGGUAGCCACUAAGCACUACUGAAUACUUUUGUAAUGCAUUGCAUUUUUAACAUUUAACAGAAAAAGACUAUUACCGUGAACAUUAUAUUGAGACUGAAGUAUACCCAGUUCUAUUGCCAAUAUAAAGGAGUGCAUGAAUUGUGAACAAACUGAAGGCACUGCAAUUGAAGUCUAAAAUUGUACACCAAAAUAUGUCUUUCAAAGAGCUGUUAUUCCCAACAUAUGAUAUCACAGCUUUUGUUGUUGUUUGGAGAGUUAUUAUGAGGACCAUGCUUUCUAUGACAAAUUAUUAAUAAGUGCAAUGAUCGUAAUUGAGCUAUUUGCUUAAUAUUCUGCUGGAGUCAAUCAAUUGUUUACAUUUUUUUUUAAUAAUCAUCAUGCAUCUUCUAUUUUCAUUACUGCACUGGCCUGUUCCUGUUCCUUCGGUUAAACAGACACUGUAGUAAUACGAUUCACAUGGUGCAGUUUUGUCGUAGUGGGUAGGCAGAGUAUAUGUUUCCAUGGAAAUGUUGUAUAAGGCAGAAAGAAUCAUGGCAUCCAUUUCCAUAGUUGUUGUUGAAUAGCUUGUUUCAGGAAGCAUGAAAUUGCUGCCCAACCCUAGAAUAACCUGUUACUGUGUUAAAUUGACAUUUGUAGAUACUUGUGACCUGUGUCCCAGUAAUACAGGAAUACGAUAUGUUAAAAGUAGACUCACUUCAUAUGAAUGUUUUAUACCACUUACCAUGGCAACUUUUAGGACAAUAAUGUCAAAACAGCACUUUGUCAUGCAUGUAAUUGUUUUGACCGUGUCAUUGUUAGAGAUGACUGGUACUGGAUUUUUGUCUUCUGUCAAAGUUACAUAAAUUGAUGAAUUCCUUAUUUCAAGGUUCUCAAAAAGUCACAUUUCCUUUUCAGCAUUUUCAUAUUAUAUACUUUUUCUUCCUUUUAAUUGAAUGAUGUGCCAUCUACAGUGUUACUUAGGCCUACUUAUUAUUCUAAACCUGUUGGAUUAAUGUACACAAAUUGUAUUAGCAACCACUGGUACUGCAGCCCAACUUGGUAAUUUUGGUAAAGAACUUGUGCAAUGACCGUUUGCCUGUUGUAGUGCCCGUUUUCUACGAAUGCAAGUGCAAUGCCCCUUGGCAGCUUGUGAGGUCCAUGGCUCCAUGCUUAAUGCAGCGAACACGUUAAUAUAUUUAUUUCUCCCAAACUCAAACUGCUCAACAAAACAACGUGACAUGCAGCGCUGCAUGUCCUUGGGUCCUGAGCAAUACACCAGCCGUUUUUCAACUUCAUACAGUGCCCAGUUCUCAACAUAAUCCAGACACAGAGAGAUUCCUGCUUUUACAGUUAAAUGUUUGACCAAUGUAGUUGUCUAUAGUCUUCCUAUUGUUUACUUUCUUGGUUUGGUUUACCCUCACAUUGGGAUUAAGCUUGUACAUGGUUGUACCUGACCUUUACUAACAAAUGUUGUGGAAUUCUACAAAAUAUGUUUUGUUUACGUGAAACUUGUCAUGACAUACAUUGGUACUAUAUGUUACAUCUUCCACUGCUGCAAAAUGAAAAAAUAUGUUUUUCAUAUUAGUGUACCUGAAAAUUGCAAUGUUGUACCUUUUCUGCUGGAAUCGCCCACAAAUUAAUGCAUUUUACGUUUCUAAAUUAACUACUUGUUCAGCAAACUACUGUACAGACAUUGGGCUAACAUUAAUGUGCUCUAAUAUAAUGCCUUAAAUGUUGGUGUAACCAAAACAUUAAUAAUGUCUAAGAACUGCUUUCUUUGGUGUACACCAAGGUCAGUUAGUCCUGAGUUUAUGUAGGUGUUGGUUCUUUUGUUGUCAUUGUCCUUUUUCAGAUCCCUUUCUUAGUACAUGCAUAAUCUGCUAUUUAGAAUCCUGUUUUAUUAAUGGAAUAUCUCUAAGAACACUCAAUAUUUUCACAACGUUAGCCUAGCCAAUUGAUUCUGAGAGACCUAUAGUCUCAACAAUUGUUUAGGAUUAGAAAAUACAUACUUAUAUCAUUGAGUAUUAAUCACAUACCUUCAUAACAUGAUUGUAAACUGAUUCCAGUAUUAAACUAUUUUCAUGUCAUUCAAACUAGGGCUGUGUACCUAUCUAUUAUCUCACACAGGUCUGGUUUUACAGUACAUAUUUUGAUAUUCAACAAUACUGGUUGUCAAACGUUCAGCAGAUUUGUACAAAGCUUUACAAAGCUGGCACUAUUCUUAGUCCUCCACUGAAAGUUAUUGGCUUUGACACAAUUCAUUGCAUCUGUCGGUAGUUAAAACACUGGGAAAAUUACUUGAUGUGACUUGUAACAUGGCACAACAUUUCCUACGAAACUGGUCAUUUCUUAUAGUGUAUCACAGUUAAGAAAUGUAGUCUCUUGGUAAGCUGCUUACACAAUGACCUCUGUUACAAAAAAAACUUGCUUCCUGAGUCUGUGCUUUACUUAGCCUUUAAAAUGUAAUAUGUCUUGUUUAAUACAUUAAUAUGGCCUUGCACAACACAGGGUGUAAUUAUACUUAGAUUUAGUCAUUUACAUUUACAUUUAGUCAUUUACUUCAUAAAUCUGUUUGCAGACUAUUGCAGACUAAGACUCUGUUAGAUUUCACAUAUUUGACAUGAUCAUUUUGCACUACAGUUGAAUGCAAAUUAGUUUUUGACUUUAACGCUUUCUUUUCUAGUUUUGUUUAGUGAGUUAAAAUCCCACUUCCUUGUUCUUUCACCAAGGUCUUUUGUAAAAAUACUUUGUUAAAAUCAGGAUUGUAAAAUACUAGGAACAGGAUUUUUUUCUUUUUCAAAGAACAGUGUGCUGUUCCUUGAAAUGCAACCUAAGCUUAAGACCAAUGAAGUGCUGCAUUGUAAUUCAUGAAGGUAAAAGCAUUUAAAAAAAAAGUUUGAAACACUGACACUUGUCUGGCCAUAUGCAAUAGUUCAAAAGUUGAAGAGAUGGCUAUCCUGAGUUGAAGUCAAAAUUGUAUGUGAGUCUGUAUGAUGAUUGUGAUUAUGGAAUAGUCAUUUCUAUCCUGAUAUUUUAUGGUGCACAAAUGCAGGUUAUAUGAAGUCCAGGCAUUGGCACUGCUUUGCAUUACUACUUCAGAAACAUUCAGUGUAUGUAUGUACUGAUGUCCUUUCACCAUCUCGAAAUUUAAUUGUUAUUUUUUAGGCAUGUGGCAUGGAAUAACAUAGAUGAAGGUAUGGAGAAACGUUCUAAAUGUAUUUGGAAUAGCCAAUUAUCCACUGGAUAAAAUUGCAAAAGGCACAAACAAGAUGAUUGUAUUGUUCAAUAAAUACACUGUACUUCUUGAAAGUAAA